AUGUUAAGUGAAGUUUAUGGUGAAGAAUGCUUAUCCAGAGCUCGCGUUUUAGAAUGGCAUAAACACUUUUGCGGUGGAAGAGAAAACGUUGAAGAUGAUGACCGUCCUGGACGUCCUACCACGUCUUCAGCAAACGAAAACAUUGAAAAAAUCGACAAAAUUAUUCGGCAAGAUCGUCGAUUAAGUGUUAGAGCUGUAGCAGAGAUGGUAAAUAUCGAUAGAGAAAGUGUUUGUAGAAUUUUAAUUGAAAAACUGAACAUGAAGGGUGAGCCAAAAUGGUCCCUAAAAAUUUGA